ACUCGACUUGGAUCCGUUUUGCUGGUCGUACGUUCACGUCGAGUUUCUGUUUACCGGAGUCAUGCACUCGUGAUUGUUGUAUACGCGUCGUAUUCCGAGUUCUCAUCCUGUACCACGUUGUAAGUGACUGUGUGCGCCUUAUUGGUGGUUUUGUGACAGAAACAGGAUUGGAUUUUUUCUUUUUGACCAGUGGGACUAGACGUGUUCACAACGCUGGAACAUUUAAGGCCUAUUGUGGCUUCUAUCACCACCUUAAUUGGGAACUGUGAUACUAUGGAAGCCACAUACUGCGUCGGUAAUGAUUUUGAUGUUAGCCGGAUGUUCGACCAGUACUUGUAUAAGAGAUCUGAAAACGUUGACUUGUCUUUGAGUAUACCACAAACGAAUUUCCAAUCGAACGGCUACGAUAUGAACGAUCAGACGUUUCACACUCCCAGUUUCGGUGAUGAAGAGUUCGAUAUACCGGCUAUCAAUCCGAAUCAACAGCAACAACAAGGACAUUCGGAACAACAGCAUUAUCAACCUCCAAUGCAGGGAAUGCAGCAAAUGAAUCAACAAAUGAACCAACAACAAGAUGCGAUGGGAAUGCACGACCCAACCGGGGGCUAUCAGCAGCCCCUAUAUCUUUCCGGGCCUGACCACGGAAUGGUGAAUUCAUCGUAUCACAGCCCACAACCAAAUUAUUCGGCUCAACAGCAGCAGCAGCAGCAGCAGCAACAACAGCAGCAGCACAACAAUCAGUUGCUGAUGAUUCAACAACAACAACAACAUCAGCAGCAUCAGCAGAUGAUGAUGAGUCAUGGUCAGCCUCCGCCCGGGGCUAUAGGACCGUAUGGUACUUCGCCCCAGCAUCCCCAGGGAAGGGGAAAUAGCCCUCCAGCCCCCGGACAAGAGCCCACCACUAGUGAAGAUAGCGAUGACAGUACACCUCAUCCAGCCAUGAUUACGGCAAUGAAGAGGCCGUCUCCAGAACCGGCCGAUCAGACAUUAACGAAGGCACAAAAGAAACCGAAAACACAAAAAAAGAAAAAGAAGAGGGAUCCUAAUGAACCACAAAAGCCAGUAUCGGCGUAUGCACUAUUCGUUUAUAAGAAAAAAACUGAGGCAGCUAAAAAAGAAUACUUGAAAGCUCUCGCAGCAUACAGGGCCAGCCUAGUAUCGAAAGGUGCUGGUGAAGGAGAAGGAAUUUAUGGUAAUUACGGAAGCUAUCAGGCUGGUGCUCCCCAAUACUCUGCUUAUCAACCACAAGGUAAUAUCCCAUCACCUCCAAUGUCCUCAGCGCCAACUCCGCCCUCACAAUCACCCAUUGGAAAGAAGCCACCCAUGGGCUUGGGUAACAUGAAUUCCUCCCCGCAACAGCAACAUCAGAAUAUGAUGCAAUCCAAUAUGGGACCAGUGCCAAAUCACAUGAACAUGCAACACCUGCAACAGCAGCAACAACAGCAGCAGCAGCAGCAGCAGCAUAAUAGUUACAUGCAGCAGGUCCCUCAGCAACAGCAUGUUCCGAUGUCUCCACAACAACAACAGCACGUCCCAGUAUCACCUCACAUGCAGCAACAUAUGAGUCCACCACCCAUGGUUUCCAGUUCCCCCCCCGCUUCUGCUCCCCCAGCAACCAUCCCAACAUCAGGGCCUCCACAGAAUGUAGGUCAGGGUCAGAUGAGGCCCCAGAACGCAUGUAUACGUCACGGUUGCCCCAAUCCAGCCAUCACUAAUCCGGAAUGGGAAGACGAAUAUUGCAGUAACGAAUGUGUCGUCAGCCAUUGUCGAGAUGUAUUCACAAACUGGGUGUCUGUCAAUAAAAGCCAAUCACAGAACUUUUCAACAGUUAAAUAAAUUUAGUACUAGGGAGAGUUGCCACAAGGCAGGGAAUGAGAGUAAGUAGCAAUACCACCAUCAAACAGAUCUACGUUUGCAAUGAAGUAUCAAAUAGAACGGUUACGAUAAUAUGUAAUAGUGAGAGGAUAGAUUAAGAAUUGUAAAUAAAAUGAUAAUCAUUUUAGUGUGAGGUUGUAUUGAAGCAAUAGAAGCAAUACGAUUUCAUUAUUAUAGGUAUACAAUACUGAUUAAUAUUGUAAUCCUAGCAUUAUACGUUGUAUAAUCAGUAUAAGGGGGGCAAAAAAGUAUAAGAAUAGUUUUUGUUGAACAUUUUUUUCAUUAUUCCUUAUGACGUUACAGUUUGAAAUUUACUAUCUUAUUAUAUUAAGUCUCGUUUGUAUUUCUGGAAUUAUCAAGUAUUGCUCAUUUUUUUAAUAAUUCAUGCUAUUUUACCUUUCGAGUCCAUUAUAUACAAUUAUGAGCUUGUGCAGCUUUCGAAGAUAAAAACCAAACUUUUUUGUUGAAAAUUCUUACUCUGAAUGUUUCAUAUUACAGUGAACUGAACUGAGCUGUUUUCAAAUAUCAAAAUUUACUCUUCAACUAUUUUUGUUUCUAGAAAAAUUUAACUGGCCGCUCCUUUGGGAUUUGCGAACUUUUGCAUUGUGCUAUUGUUUGAUAAGUUUUUUUUGUUAUUGCCUUAUUUCCACUAAAGUUAAGAUGGGAAUGAAAUUCGUUUGAUCAUUUUCACAUGAGCAUAUAACGUCAAUUCUAAUAACAAUCCGGAUUCUAAUAUCCACAUUUUGAUUAGAGGCUCCAGUCAAGGGAAAAAAACAUAGCUCAAACUAAGCCUAGAUUUGACACAUAAGCUUUCGCUUAAUUUUUUUAUAAAACCACAAGUUUUGAUAACGAAAGCUAUUUAACGGAUUUUUUUUAAAACAGAUUGAACUUCAAAAAUACUAAAUAUCAUACACUAUAUUCAAGUUAAGGACACCAGCAUGGGAAAAUUUGUGUGAUAUAUCAGUGAAGUUAAAAAAGCAAACUCAUUUCGGGUUAUUCUUUCUACUAGUUUAUAUAAAAAAAUAAAGUGGUGAUGGUUCCUUGGAGGUGAAACGUUAAAGAGAAAAUUUGCAAACUCCAUCUUGUAUAGCUUAAAAAGUGGAAAUGAGAAAGUGAUUCCAAAUAUCUUCUCAUAUAACGUUGAGAAAAUUGAUAUCACAAUGAACAACUUUCCUGAUUUAACUGAUUUUCCAAUGCCGACCAUACUUAUCUUUGACACACAGUAUAAACAUAAACUCUGAUUGGUUUAUGAUGUUGUUUUUGACACAGUGCAAUGUAAAAUAAAAUAAAAGUCCCUCAGAUUUACUAUUUUCAUUAAAUUUUGGAUGAAGUUUUGUUUCAAUAUAACCGUCAAAUAUUCACUCAAUCCUUUGAAUUUGUAGCGUAAUAAUUCAUUUGCCAUAAAUAGUGAUUUGGAGACUAAUAUCAUGAGGUAUUCUAAGCGUACUGGUCUUCAAAGAUGUUCUGAAAAUAUCAUAACAGUGUCAUUUAUUCUUUAUAGAUUUUUUUUUCAUACAAAUGUUGGUUUUCAAAUACUUACUGUUCACUAUUUGUUGCACAUUCUUUAAUGCCCCCCUUAUAACAAAAUUGAAUUUGUUAAACCAUGCUCUGUAAAUGCAUGUAAUCCUUCAUGAAAAUUUGUAGUUAGUAAUGUCCAGAGUACAUAUAAUAUUAAAAAAAAACUUUAGUUCAUGUAGUUAGGUAUCUGUUAUAAGGAAAAAUUCCAGAACUGUGAAUAUUUUGAUGAAUGAGGAACAACUGAUGAUUCUAUGUGUUCUAUGUGUUAGAUAUUGAAUUCUUUAUGGUUCUCUCCUCUGAAUCUAUGAAACAAAAAAUAUCUGAAAAGUACAGUUGUUAUUUAUUCAAAUAUUCUGCCUAAUAUAAUUUCUAAAUUCAUUUGAAUUGAUGUUUGCAAACGAGUUUUCUGAUUUGUCUACAGAAUGUCCAAGUAAAAUUCAAUACUACAGUUUCCAGCUUAAUCAAAUUAAUUGAUUUGAUAAGUAGAUUGAAAGGGGUAUAUUUUUGGGAAGGAAAGGUUUCGACUUUCUACGUCUCCAUCUUGAUACAAAAAAUGUCGGAAUUUUCCAAAGAAUUUGGAACCUCUGGAAUGAAAUGAAUUUAUUGAAAAUAAUUUUUCCAUUUCAAAACAAAAUUUCUGCCUUUCGACGCUUGAUUUAAAGUUAGUUAUCUCCUGAUGAUGCUAAGUUGGACAGCAUUUUUGUUCUGGUGGAAAAGCGAAAUUUCAAAAACUCAUGUUUCACAGGUAAAUUUUCGUUUUGAAAUCAAUGGGCAACUGAAUUCUAAAAAGAAAAGUCAAUAGGGCACAGGGUUGAAAUUUUGAUAGAAGCAGCUCCAAUGUAUACAUAUUGUGAAUACUCAUUGGUAACCUUCGGUCCCUUAUAGGAUUUAUCUUUACCACAUACCACUAAAAACCGGCUAACUGAGAUUGUCACAAUGACUUGAAUUGUUUACAAGAGAAGAAACUCGCUAGGUGGAGAUGAAAACUGACAUAUUUGAAAUAAUGAAUUAAACAUACAAAAUCCUUGUCAAUAUACAAGUUUCCUCGAAUCUUAAGUGAAACAUAUAAAGCAAUUUUCUUCAAUAGAAAGAUUCAGAUGAAUUGAAUUGUGUCAUCAAUAACAAUCUGGAUGGAUUAAAUAUGAGUAAUUAUGCAGCAGACAAUUUAAACCAUUGUCAUUAUGAUCUCUAAGCAUUGUAUCACAGUGGGACACCUAUUAAUUAUCAGCAUGUGGCACAAAUGAAACGAUUCACAAGUGUCACCAAUUUCAACAAAAUCCUUGCUUAUCGAAGAGGUAUAUAUGUUCACUUCUAUAAACAGAAGAUAAUUAAACCGUACAUAACUAAUCCGGCUUCUUCGAAAUGACCUACAAUAGAUUCAUGAAAAAGGAUGUUCCAGACACUAAAUCUCAAUCAUAGGACUGAGAAAAUUGAUAAUUGUUUUUUAGACACAAGAUGUUGUUUAGACACAAAACUACUGUAUACCCAAGAGAAAUAAAUACAAGUCAUUCUAACAUGAUGGGCUUUUUUGAUUGAAACAUUUGCUGAAUUGAUGAAAUAAAUUAUGUUAGAUUUGUAAUAGUGCUGGAUAUAGUUAAAAUAAAACUCCAUACCAAUAUUGCCAUCUCAAUUUGUGAAUGGCUAAAAUGUAUGUAAAAUUAAGUGACAUGUGAUGCAAUUGGUGGAUAUUUGUUGUGAAUUAAUGAUAAUGUAUUUGAGUAACACGUGAGAUUUUCACUAAAUAAUUUACCUCAACAAGCUUCACUUUACAUUAGCUUCUUGAGGCGUGUUCAAUACUAACUGUUGGGAAUAGAAAUUAUUCUUCAUUUUUACCAUGCACUUUUUGGUGUCUAACCAGAGUCAGCAGAAUGAUAUAAUUUACAAAAGAAAUGUCAAGAGGAACAUUGAGAACAAUAACAUUUUUGACAAUAUUUUGACAAAUAAUCUUUCAUUUUGAGUCCAUUACUUUAUUUGAAAAAUAUAUGACAUGUUUCGCUAGCGCAGUAGCUUUUUCAAGUGAUUUAUAUACAUUAUCUACAUUUAUAUACAUGAAUCACUUGAAAAAGCUACUGUGCUAGGGAAACGUGAUAUAUUUUUCAAAUAAAGUUUGUGGAGAUCAAAUCGUGAGGUGUAGUUUUUGAAAUUUACUAAGAAUCUUCAUCAAGUAACGGCCGAAUCAAUGAGAAAAAAAAACAUUUUGAUUGAGAUGGAAUGAAAUUCUAUUUGCUUUAAAUGAAGCUUUUCUUUCUUUGAUUAUUGGCAUUUGAAAACUGUUUCUCAAAGAGUUGGGCUCUUAUUUCUGAACUAUCCAUCUUUUCUCUCCAGCUUAGCUUAUCCAUUGAAAAGAUCAAAAGUUUAAAGGGAAAAACUUUCCUUGGACAUUCUUAUAUCAAAGAUAUUUAUGAAAAGAAAUAAACUGAUUCUCAUUUUUAUGCCUACACUGAUAAAAACAAUUAAGGAAACAAGAAAUUCUUUGACAAAUCUCUGUUGAAUUUCUCUCAGCAUAAUUUUGUUUCACAGAUUCAGUUGUAGUAUGUGGCGUACAAUUAUUUUUAUAUCAUUGACCAAUCAAAGUGACGCUUUCUGUCGAUGUAUAUAAAUUAGCAGUUGUUACUUUAUUGUUAUCGAUGUGAGCAAUUUGUUUUGCGUGAACAUCCCUAGUAUUAAAUGUGGUGAAGGAUGUAUAUUUGUGAAUAUGUUGAAUGAGUUGUUAGGAUUUGAACUGUUUGAACCAGUGCAAUUGUUGAAAAACACCGAGUUUUCUAUUUUUUUUCUUUCAGUUCCUCGGUAAUGAACUGGAACAGUUUGGUCCAUCAAAAUUGUAUAGAAUGAAAUAGUAAAUGCAUAUUAUGGAGUAAGUACGUAAAAUUGUUUUAUUUUUGUUUUUAAAUAUGUUUUUCUUAUUUUAUUAUUUUUUUAUUGAAAUAGUUUGAAGCAACCAGGAGUUGUUGCCAAACAAUCAUGUUUAUAAAAUAUUGAAGAAUAUCUAAAGUAUAUUAGAUCAUUAUCUCUUUCAUGAGCUUUAAAAUUAUUAAGUACAAUUUAUGUUUCACUAUUACAUUGUAAAUAUCAUACUUAAUUCAAAGGAGCACACAACCUAUACUAUGUAAUCAAUUAAUAUUUAAAAAUAAAUAGAUUCUACUUGAA